CAGCUCCAACAACACAAGAAGAACACAAGAGAAGAGACACGCACAAACAGAAGAGUGCAAAUAAAAAAAUAAGGACAAAUUAUACAAGACAAGAAAAACAUGAUGAGAAAAUUAAAAAGUGUAAAAACCCUUAAAAAACAAACAGAAAACAACAGAAGCAGGAAAGAAGUGAAGACAUGAAAGUGUAACAAGAGAAGAAGAAAACCCGAAGAACGAAGAGGAAGAAAAGGACAGGAGAGGACUGAAAAGAUAAAAAGAACAAGAAAGAAGAAAAGGUGAAAACAUCCAGCAGAAAAAUGCCUCAGGAUAAAAACGAACAGGAGGAGGAGGAGGWGACCCCUCAGCCCCCCGCUCCUCCUCCCUCCUCCGUUGCCAUAGAAACGAUGAUGUCAUCAAGGAGGCAGGACCUGGUGUGUAUUGUGUGUUUUGGCAGCUAUGAUCUGGUGACACGGUUGCCUCGACGACUGCACUGUGGCCACGCCUUCUGCCAAGCAUGCCUGAAACGACUGGACACAGUGAUCAACGAGCAGGUGUGGAUCCCGUGUCCCCAGUGUCGACAGAAUACGCCUCGGCCCAGAGGAGGAGCAGUGGGUCUGGACCUGGACUUGGCCUCUUUCCUUGGGGUGAAGGCUCAGCAGACCUGCAGCACCUCCUGCGGUCGCAGGGAGGGGGCGCCGGUUGGACAUGCAGCCCAGAGUGGGAAGUCUUGGCUGAGUAAAGAGGUGGCAGAUGAUGGCUGGUCUCAUGGAGGUCUAGCUGAGCCACGCUUUCAUCGUUAUAGCAACUGUUGCCCACCCUCGUCCUACUGGCUGUGCUGCUGGUUCUGCUGCCCGAGGCAGGACUAAUGGAGCAGCAUCAGAAUGGUUCAGGGACAGCAGUGCAUGUCUUUUAAGGGUCAGACCAUGGUUCUCCAUUCCACAUGAACAAUCUCAAUCCCUGUGUGACCUGAAGGUUCCAACAGAAUCACAUCAUCUACAAAAAUCUGACAUAAGACCUUGAGUUAUCCAAACCAGACACCAUACUCUCCACAAUGGCACCUUCAGGUCCAUGAAUACUCCAAACAGAACCAGAGACGAGGUCCAACCUGCACAUGUCCUCAGGGACAGGGACGGACCUAAUGAGCUCCUUCAGCUUCAUYACCUUUGUGGCCAUUGCUCCAUCAACUGGUUCUUUGGUCUCUGCAUCUAAAAAUACUUCAGACUGAAUGGUCACAGUUCAUGAAAGCCACACGUGAGAGGUCUCGAUUAUGAUUCAUAGGUUCUAAAUAAUGAU